AAGCUCAUCGUAAUACCUUACUAAUCUGAUCCAAUCAUCCGGAUUCUUUCUGCCAGCCACAUAUUCUCCAGACUCGCCAGUUUCUCGCUUCGUCUCUGGAACAUGCACAACGAAGGCAACUUUUUCCCAAACAGGCGGAGUAUCCGGCAUCUUAAUGCAACAAUAGCAUGGGAGAAGCUUCUUGUCGCUAUGUGCCGGAAAAGGCUGUGCGCUUUCCCACCCCUCAAGGCUUAGCUGCUGAAAAGUGCUUUGCUGUCACGGUAUUUUGAAAACGUUCGGCCUCCGCUACAUCGCUUAUAAGCCUGGGUCCUCGCUGCAGCCGGUCUUUCCUCUCGGUCAUUCCCGUAUUUAGAUCUUCCUUAUAUCAUGAAGUUAUCCAAUCCAGUGCUUUUAUCCGUCGCCUUGGCGUUGCCUGCCAACACGGCCGCCACUCCAGGGGUGUUCAAGGUGGACUUCAACGUCCACAGAGGGUCGUCGGUCGACUCUGCCGAGCAUGGGGCGUCUGCCCAUUUUUCCAAGAGAGAAGUUAAUGGAGUGGAAACGGUUCAGCUUGUCAAUGAAAACUCCUUCUACUUGGCCAACUUGUCUCUUGGGUCUAACAGUCAGAAAGUAGGGGUUCUUAUGGAUACUGGUUCGUCCGAUUUGUGGGUUACGGGUAGCGAUAACUCGUUCUGCGAAACUGGCACUGCCAAGCGUGACUUGAGGAGAAAACGAGAUGCAAGUGGGGACGCAAGUGAAGACUUCAAUUGCGGCAUUUACGGGACUUUUGACAAGUCCACGUCGACCUCUUUCAAGAGUAACAACACCGAUUUUUUCACCCAGUAUGGGGACUUCACAUUUGCAUCCGGUGUAUGGGGCUACGAUACGGUUUCCAUUGGGUCCUUAACCGUUGAAAACAUGUCUUUUGCGGUCGCUAACCAGUCCAACUCGACCAUGGGAGUCCUUGGGAUCGGGUUUGCCAGUUUGGAGACCACCUACUCCUCCGCCAUGUCGGAAGAAGAUCCGUACACGUACGAAAACUUUCCGAUGAAGUUGAAGAGCGAGGGACUCAUCGAGAAGAACAUCUACUCGUUGUAUCUUAAUCAGCUGAGUGCCUCCUACGGGUCCGUGUUGUUUGGCGGUGUGGACCACUCCAAGUACAUUGGUAGCUUGGUCACCGUGCCGGUCAUUAACCCGUCCUCCGAUUUACUUAUGUCUCCAUGGCAGACCCAAAUCACGCUCGACUCUGUUUCUUACGAAGGCAAGACCCUUCUGUUUGAUUCUACCAUUGCGUUGUUGGACUCCGGAACCAGUUUAUCACAGCUUCCAUCGUCCAUAGUCAGUGCUGCUGUCUCAACCUUGGGCUUGUCGUUUAGCAAUGAAAUCGGGGCCUACAUUGCGAAAUGCGAUGCCUUUGACGACAAGAGCUUCACCUUCACCUUUGGUAAUGCCAACAUUACCGUCCCAGCCUCCAACUUUUUCGUUAGCUUGACCGACAGUAAUGGUGAUACCAGCAACACCUGCGCCUUCGGAAUGGUCGAAUCCGAGCAGACGGUGCUCGGUGACAGUUUUUUGAGAGCCGCCUACGUGGUGUACGACUUGGAUGAUCACGAGAUUUCCUUGGCCAACGCCAACUUUGGCGAGUCUUCCAACGACGAGAAUAUUGUUGCGGUGGUUUCCACCAUUCCAGACGCCAGCUCCGGUGCCUCUACUGGAACCUCCAACAUUGGCUCAGCCACCAAAGCUGUCAGCGCUACCACCACCGGUAGAUCCUCCUCUUCCUCCACCAAGGCCUCUUCGCUGAAGGACAGUGGUGCCGGCUGUAUCGCCAACCCUGGGAUGUUUGCCAUUGUGGGGUCUGUCUUCGGCUCUGCUCUUUUACUGAUCUUGUAGUUCUUCAUGUUAGCUUGUUGCCGCUUUCAGCGUUUAAUGUUUGGCAUCG